AUGGCUCAUAAGUCCAACCCCUAUAAGAAGGCCCGCGCGGCCAUGCGUUGGAAGUGGAAGAAGAAGCGUACUCGUCGUCUUCAGCGUAAGCGCCGGAAGAUGCGUCAGCGUUCCAAGUUGAUAUUAGUGAUAAUAACAUCAUUCGACUUGUCCAAGGCUGCCGCCGCUGCGUUUAACCCCGGUCUCAAGAGCCUUUCUCGUCGUGGUGUUGCUCAAUUAAGUGAAGUCCCCCUCCUCUUCCCCUGCGAGCAUUCUUCCAUCCCUACUGUGCAAACGAUCAACUCGGAGCUCAUCCUAGUGGGUAUAAGGCAUGCUCGGUUCGCUGAGCUUAUCCUUAUUCCCUACCAAGAGCUUCGGAAAUUUCUGUUGUUAUGA